AUGGAGAGAUACUCUCAAUUUCGGGAUCGAGGCUCGGGAAUUGCGCCAUUCCUCCCAGUCCCCGUUGAAAAACUUGGCCUCCAAGCUCCCCUUCGUAUCUUCCUCUUCUGCUUCCGCCUCCCGCUAUUCAUCUUCGUCGCUCUUAGCUAUUUUUUGAUCUUACAAUGGCUUCCUAUUGGCUCGCUGGGGAAAAAGGCUGCUCUGUGGUGUAUCCUUGGAGUUCCGAGCAUCUGGUGGAUUGAUCUCCAAGUGGAUGGAGUGCGGAAAGGGUCUUUGAAGCAGCAGCAAGCGCGUCUGCCACAGCCCGGCUCAGUCAUCGCCUCGUCCUUCACAUCACCCAUUGAUGCCUUGUACCUGGCAGCUAUCUUCGACCCGAUCUUUACAGCAUCUUACCCCAACACUCGCCAGGUCGAGCGCAUCUCUUUGUUCCAGGCCAUUCUGCGAGCCUUCGCUUUCCCCGCCACGCAACCCGCUCCUGGUGCCCAGAUGGUGGAUGUCUCGACUUUGGUCGAGAAGUACCCCACCAGACCGAUUGUACUGUUCCCGGAAUGUACCACCACCAAUGGUCGCGGCAUCCUGGCCCUGAGCAACUCCCUUCUCAGCGUACCUCCUAAGACCAAGAUAUUCCCUGUCAGUCUGCGCUAUACACCUAUGGAUAUUGUGACCCCUCUUCCUGGGAGUUACAUGAGCUUCCUGUGGACGCUGCUUAGCAAGCCGACCCACUGCAUCAGAGUGCGCAUCGCGGAGUCCAUCACAAGUAGCCAAAAUGCCGUUGAUGCAUCUCCUGCUGACAAGUCGACCUAUAACACGAAUUACCUAGACACGCUGGAACAAAACGGCCAAGAAAAGCAGGCCUCGGCCAGCGAGAAGGCGCUGCUGGACAAUGUUGGGGAGUCACUUGCCCGUCUGGGUCGGGUCAAGCGGGUUGGCUUGGGGGUAAAAGAGAAGCAGGAGUUCUCCAGAGCGUGGGGUCAGAGUCGUCGGACAUGGUGA